GCUUAGUCGACGCUAGCCCUGCAAUACGAGACCUGAUCACCCAUCGUCUGAUCGAUAUAAACCGAGGUUUUGACAGGGGGAGGUUGGGAGCCCUCUUGAGUGCAGAGCAGCAAACUAUUAAACCAGCCUUCACCAAUUGCGAAUUGACUCGAAAGUCAUACUUACUAUACCAACGUGCGUGAGAACAUUAGAAAAAAAAUUCAUCCUUAUUCUUCAAGUUUUUGUAUAAUUGUACAUUACUGACAAGCCAUCUGCUGUACCUUGUUACACGACACUAGCAAGAAUGUUCUCCAAAGCCAUCGCAGCCCUCGCCCUCGCGGCACCUCUUGUCUCAGCCCAAACAUUCACAAAGUGUAACCCCAUGACAGCCACAUGUCCUGCCGACCCUGCUUUUGGAAGAGAUACUGUUCACUGUGACUUUACAAAGGGCGCUUGUGAAGCUUUUGCAGAGGAUGCCGGUACUGCGCUUGAGCACAACGAAAAUGGUGCUGUCUUUACAAUUUCAGGUCCCAACCAGGCUCCUACAAUUGCGACGGGCAAGUACAUCUUUUUUGGCCGCGUGGAUGUCGAGGUGCAGGCCUCUACGGGUGUAGGCAUCUGCACUAGUGCUGUUCUUCAGUCUGAUAACCUUGACGAGAUUGACUGGGAAUGGUUGGGCGGCGACAACGCACAGGUUCAGUCAAAUUACUUUAGCAAGGGCGACGUUUCAACAUAUGAUCGUGGUGAAUUCCAUCCCGUCGCAAACCCAACAGGCCAAUUCCAUCUCUACUCCAUCGAGUGGACACCCUCCGCCAUCAACUGGAUGAUCGACGACGUUGUCGUCCGAACUCUGCCCUAUACCGAUGCCACGGGCCCCAAUGGCUAUCCCCAAACCCCCAUGCAGAUCAAGCUCGGAACAUGGACCGCUGGUUCUCCCGAUGCUGCUCCUGGUACCAUCGCCUGGGCCGGUGGUCUGGCCGACUACUCCCAGGGUCCCUUCAACGCUUACUACAAGAGCAUCUCCAUUGUCGACUACGCAGGUACCGAUGCUCCCACGACUAGUAGCGUGCGAGAGUACCUCUUUGGCGAUCACUCUGGAUCUUGGAAGAGCAUUCAGCAGAUCAAGUAAGACGUGGUGAUGAUUCAAAAUGCAUGAAAGAGAUGGGACUUUAAUGAGGGUUUAAUGAAAGAGGGGGGAUACCACGGUUUAUGAGCAUUGCAGCAUUUAAUAGACGAUAAACAUAAUUACGAUCACUUCGAAAACUUCCUAACUUUCUUUAUCUUUCCUGUUUCUUGUGACUGUCCUCUGAUCAUCUGAUCAUCUAUGAUCCAGACUGUGCGGAGGAUGGCGACCCAUCCGUUAUGUGGGGCCGAUCGAGGCAUCAUAUCUUGACUUUCGAAAUCCGAAUACUCGAGCUGGGAAGCCAGUUAAAUUCUCUACUUCGUUGUUUUAUACUGUUACUGGUUUGUUGUCAUGGUUUCCAACCUCCAUCUCCGAGACUGACGUCCAAGCUCUACCCUGCCAGGGAGGCGAGAAAACUUGGGACCUUACCCUAAAUGAUGAAAAGACUUAGCUAACCUUAGGCAAGACUCAGUAAACUACAAGCCCAAUUACUUUUAACACCUAAGGAGUCAGAAGUUUUCUUGUUCCUUGAGGUUUGCACAACACAACAUCAAUCAUCCGCAUAUCAGAACGUCAAGUUUUCACGAGAGAUUGGAGCUUUUUUACAACUUCCACUGCUUUAAAGGAACUUUAUCUGAGAUAAUGCAAAAAAAGAAAUGCUUCUCAGUCGUGCAGAGAGCAAAAGAGUGGUUCCGCCCGGGAUCGAACCGGGGACCUUCUCGGUGUUAACGAGAUGCCAUAACCAACUAGACCACGGAACCGGUCUGUGAUUGGAUGAUUGGUGCAGCGCCAGAUGGG